AUGGGCCACGAAAUCCAGACGGCAUUUCGUCCCUCGGCACUCUAUGUUUUCGUAUUUUACGUUAUAUAUUGGAAUACACCAAUUGUCCUGGGGCUUAGCGGCCGCGCCCUCACAUCAGACCUUGUUAUGGAGUGCCUAGAACAUCUCGACAUAGACUGUGCAGUUAUUCCUCCGUCCGUUCUUGAGGAUAUGAGCCAAAGCCAGAAACACAUUUCAGCUCUGAGGAGACUGAAGUUGGUAUCUUGGGGUGGUGGCCCACUUGCCCAGGAAGCUGGUGACACAUUAGUCCAAAACGGUGUGGUCAUCAAUAACACACUCAACUCUACCGAAUUUGCCCCAUUCCCCGUCUAUUACCAACCUAGGCUGGAACUAUGGCAAUAUUUUAUUGUCAAUCCAGAUCUCCUCGGUGCUGAAUGGCGUGAGGUAGAUGGCAGCUUCGAACUGGUAGUGACCCGGAAAGAGAAGCACCCAGGACUUCAAGGGUUCUUCUACACCUUUCCUUAUGUAAAUGAGUUCAGCACUGGGGAUCUUUUCAAACCCCAUCCCACGAUUCCUCAUCAUUGGAUUCACCACGGCCGUAGUGAUACGGUGAUAGUAUUCUCAAAUGGCGAGAAGCUGAACCCUGUCACCAUUGAGGACGCUGUUCGACGUCAUCCGGCAGUGAAUGACGCCCUGGUUGUAGGCUCAAACAGAUUACAACCUGCUCUACUCCUGGAACCUUUGACACCGCGCAAUCUAGGAAAGGAUACACAAGACUUGAUUGAAAACGUAUGGCACCUUGUCGACGGGGUCAACCAGCACACAGUCCGACAUGGUCGUAUUGAACGUAGCCACAUCGCCAUUAGCAAACCCAACAAACCAUUCCAGAGAAGCGGCAAAGGAACCAUCCAGCGUACUGAAACCCUUAAAGUCUAUGAAAUGGAAAUUGACCAACUCUACAAAGACGCCGAGAGACAUUAUCUCGGCAGGGCGGAUCAACUUGACUUGUCGUCGGAGGAGUCACUCAUCGCUUCCUUUCGUCGCAUCGUUGAGGCAUGCACAAACGGGCUUAAGAUUGAUCCAGAGAAGGAUUUCUUUCAAAGUGGUAUCGACUCGCUUCAAGUGAUAAACAUGUCUCGACGAAUUCGCGCUGGCCUCUCCGCAUCCGGGUUUACCAUUGGCUCCAAUCAAUUGGGGCCCAGAGUUAUAUAUGCCAACCCUACGUUGAGGAAUCUGGCACAGCUUGUUCUGCAAAUGACUAGGAGUUCCAGUCGCGAAGGCCAUCUCAUAGAUCAGCCUGACGACGAAGACAAUCAAGAGGUUGAGGCCAUGCAAAAAUUGCAUGCUCGAUAUAGCCAAAAUGUAACGAAGGCCAAGCCUGGAAGACCCCCAUCUCUCGCACAAAAUCAGACAGUACUCUUGACUGGCUCGACAGGUAUGUUGGGCUCCUAUCUGCUGGAUUCGUUGGCAUGGAGCCCUACUGUCAAAAAGGUUGUAUGCCUCAAUCGAGCCCAAGACGGGGGAGCUCGACAACAGGCAGACAGUAUGCAAAGCCGCGGACUUUCAGAGGUCUAUAACACAAAGGCAGCUUUUUUCCACGCAGACCUGGCCGAGGCGAACCUAGGUUUGCCGCUAGAUAUCUAUGAGGAUCUCCAACAAGAAGUUGACUGUAUCAUCCAUUCCGCAUGGCCGGUGAACCUCAACCUCCAUGUGAACGCGUUCGAGCCACAGAUACAAGGAGUCCGACGAAUCGCUGAUUUCUCUGCUACGGCAAAAAAACGGAUGAGAGUCAUAUUCAUUUCCUCGGUCUCCACUGCUGACCGCUGGAACACGGAACGGAACGGACCAGUGCCCGAAACACAAUUGCAAGACUGGCAUCUACCCAGCAACGGAUACGGCCGCAGCAAGAUGGUGGCGAGUUUGAUCCUGGACGAUGCAGCCAUUGCUGGUGACUUCUUGUCGGCAACAGUUCGCGUCGGGCAGGUUGCCGGCUCCGAAAAUGAAAAUUCAACUGCGGAGUGGAACCGUCGCGAGUGGUUUCCAAACUUGAUAUCAAGCAGCUUGUAUCUGUCUGCACUACCCAAGCAUCUUGGUCGACUUGACCGUGUGGACUGGAUGCCGGCUGAGCGCAUUGCUCAAAUAUUGGUCGAUAUUGCGGGAGUAUCUGGUAACACAUCCACUGCAACGGACUUUUCGAAUGGAUACUUCCAUGGUGUUAACCCAGCUACUACUACGUGGGCGCACCUUGUUCCAGCCGUCCACCAGUUUUACUCUGAUCGAAUCAGGGAACUGAUCAGUUUUGAAGACUGGCUAGAAAGGUUAGAGCAAAGCGCAACUGAGGGUGAUGACACCAACACUGGUCUCAGACUCCUGGAUACAUACCGAGCUGCGGCCUCUACUGGCAUGGACGCUGCGCCGGUCAUAUUUGACAUGUCUCGUACGACCACGAUCAGUCCAACAAUGAAGAACUCCCAGCCUAUCUCAAAGGAGAUGCUACUCCGUUGGUGUGCCCAAUGGAACUUUAGCUAG